AUGUUCACGCCUCGUCCCGCCAAGAUUUCUCAUGCAUCCUCCUACGCGAGCUCAAGCCAUAGCAACAAUGCGAGCGGGACUGUCAGCGGGAGUGGUUCUGCUUUGAAUGAGAUCUCUCCAUUAUUGGCUGCCGAAUUGGGUCUAGAGUACUCAUCGCUCCGAGCCAUUGGAAAUUGCCCGACGGGGAUGUAUGUUACGCCUUCCGCCGAGAGCCUGUUGAAGUGGUACGGCGUCUUCUUUGUGCACAGAGGACCCUACGCUGGCUCUGUGCUUCGAUUCACGCUUUCAUUCCCUCCUUCUUACCCCCAAUCAGCCCCUGUGAUCCGCUUCGAUUCAGAUGUUUUCCACCCCAUGGUGGAUCCCAAGACUAAGAUCUGGUCUCCGCGCGGUCGCUUGAUUCAAUGGCAGCCUCGGAUAGACCAUGUGCCUCACCUCUUACACAGUCUUAAAGCUAGUUUCAAGACUCAAGCCUUGCAAUCCAUCACGGAGGAUCAAGCUAUCAACAAGCAAGUGUGGUCACUCUACCAUCAUUCUCGUCAGACAUUCCUCUCCAUGACAUCUCAACGGGCCCUUCACUCGACCUCACUACAUCAUCUCUAUCCAUCCGCUCAUCCAAUUUUAUCCCCUACAAGUCCAACCAAAAAUCUCCUGACAGUUCCACCCCCUAUGAGUCCGACCAAAUCGACUUACCGUGGUACCAAUGCUCAGCCUUCGACCCAAUCACAGACUACUACUAGCCUGGCGCCUAUGACUCCAUCGCGUCAACGAACCAUCUCGGGUGGAAGCAUGAGCAUCAAAGCAACUAGUCCACAUCAUGAUGGACAUCGGAGGACAACCUCCAUCAUGUCUGCAGUGUCAAAUAUUGAUGAGGGACCUAUCGUGUUCAAGGAAAUCAGUGAGGAGGACAAGGCGAGAUUAUGGGCAGGAUUGAGGCGGAGCUUGGGGGAGGAAGAGACCAUUUGA